AUGGCCACGGGUAAGGAGCUGGAAGACUGGAAACUGGGAGCUAUGCCUUUACUUAAGGGUUCCAAGGAGAAGCCUGUGAACUACAGAUUGCUGAAUCUGAAAUCAGUGAUGGCAAACCUCGUAGUAAUUUUGAUUCUGGCUCGAAGAAGGUGUGGUCUGUCCGGAUGUGUCAUUUAUUACCUGGUGUCUAUGGCAGGGACAGAUCUCCUGGUCAUGAUCACCAUUGUCAUUUUAAACCGGAUUGCUGGGAUUUAUUUCCCUUCCAGUUUCCUUUCCAUCACGCCAGUGUGCAGCUUCCGUUCUGCCUUAAAUUUUGCAAUCAUUGACAGUUCUGCCUGGAUAACAGUCGCUUUUACUUUUGAUCGAUUUGUUGCCAUUUGUUCCCAGAAGCUGAAAGUGACAUAUUGCACGGAGAAGAUUGCAGCGUGGGUCAUCGGGCUCGUGUGCGCUCUGUCUUGUUUGAAAAAUAUCCCAACCUACUUUGUUUAUGAACCUGUCUACGUUGUUGAUCAAGUACCUUGGUUCUGUGGUAUAAAGGACAUUUUCUACCUGUCACCUGCCUGGGGUGCCUAUGAGUGUACUCGGGCCAUUUUGACCCCUCUUCUCCCAUUUCUGCUGAUUUUACUGCUCAAUGCUCUGACAGUCAGACACAUUCUCGCAGCCAAUAGGGCCCGCAAGAGACUCUGUAACCAGAACAACGCAGAGAAUCAGAAUGAUCCAGAGAUAGAAAAGCGGAGAAAAUCGAUUAUUUUACUUUUUGCCAUCUCAGGGAGCUUCCUCCUGUUAUAUGCAUUAUUUUGCACAUCAAUCCUUCAUGUCCGACUUGCCAAUCUUACGUAUUCAGCCAGCUCGGAUUUCAGUAAUACUGCAUUUUUUCUCCAGCAAACCGGAUACAUGCUUCAGCUACUGAGUUCGUGCAUCAACCCGUUUAUUUAUGCUGGGACACAGCCGGCCUUUGACAAGAUGCUGUGCAAGAAGCUAUUAAUCAAGAUAAGAGCCCAUGGUACGAAGAAACUGGGGCAGCCGAUGUCACAUUGGCAGUCUGAAAUGAAGCGAUCUCGGGAGGGUAUGAGUCCAUCAGGUGGUGACCAAGUGGAAGAGGACGUUUGGAGUUGGGAGAAGAGGUAG